UAGGCGAGUAAUUAUACUUACUUUAAUUUGUUACAAAUGUGUGCUUUGUAAUAAAUCAUCGAAAUAUUUAAUUGACGAAACAAUUUGAAAUCUUGCCGACGGCACCGUAAUUGAAGAAAAUAAUCUUAAAAUCCUCGGAAAAGGGAAUUACUCAAUAAAAUCGUUAACCUAUGACGAAAUGUCGCAGACUGCGGAGUAGGUGUCGAGAAACUACUGGUGUAAUUAAUACCAACAUGCCAGAUUCGCCAGGGACUCGGGACGAGAAUCAUCCAUCUUUAGCAUCACCAGGAGAGAAAAGCAACAACGAUUUGCCUGCGGACAACGUGUCUUCAACAGAACCAGAAUUGCCAGUGUCUCGUGGAAAAAAGAAAUCGCCGGUACACUGCAAGACAGAAAACUGUUUCUAUCAAGGAAUCUCAACUUCAAGACAUCAUACUUCCAACUCUCGCCCAAAUAGCAACGAUAGCGCCGGAGCUGCAUCCAGUACGUCAAGCACCCCGGACGCCUUUGUUACCGACCGAAAUAUCCGUUCUGUUCAUUCUCGUUCCGGUUCUCCAUUACUCAUGCAGGGCUCUUCCGGAUCCUCUCCGGUGGUUUCUACAUCUCCGGAUUCGUCUCAGAGUGUGCAACGACAAUUGAGUAAGCUGAAAAGAUUUUUGACAACGUUACAACAAUUUGGAAAUGAUAUUUCGACCGAUAUUGGAGAAACAGUACACUAUCUCGUGUAUUCAUUAGUGACUGGAACAAUCACGAUAGAAAGUUUUCAUGAUCGAUUGCAAGACGCCACCAAUUUCCCUCUCCGUCCGUUUGUUGUACCAUUUCUCAAGUCUACCCUUCCUAUUCUGCAAGGGGAAUUAUUGCGCAAUGCUCAGGCUGCAAAAAUGACAACGCAGCAGUAUUUACUGAAGCACGAUAAGUUUUUACACAAUUCUCCAUCGCCCGGAAGACAAGAUACAAGAACGCCUGACGGUCUUAUGGACUUGAAGGCAAACAACAAAAGGCCACACUCUGAAAGAAACGUUGAUCUUGACAAAAAGAAACCGAGGCUUCCACCCCCUCCACCGUCACAAAUUAGCAGAAGCAGCCCCGUUUCUUCAACCAGCUUAGGAGAACCGUUUGGACCACGAUCAAGUGAAGUUGCACUCCGUUCGCAAUCUCAUUCACCUCAUCGACAUUCUAGCAUCCCGCAUUGGCUUGGAGCUAACGGUGAUUUUGCCACAUCGAGCCACCGAUCUUCACCUACUUUGGGCCGCAUUCCACCUCGACUUAACCCGCUCGAAGACCCAACCUCAACCGUGGCGGCUGCUGCAAGCUCUUCGUCGAACCGAAACAUGUUCGGAAACCGUCGAGGCUUCAAUAAUCAACCAGGAGCACAUUUUCCUGGCUUUCAACCGCACCGGAUGCGGCCAUAUCCGGAUCCGAGAAACCCGGUGCCGUUACACCAAGGAAUUCCUCAACGAGAACCGAGUUCCGGUCGCAGGUUAUCGGAGAGAGAAUGGGCGGAAGAAUACAAAUCCCUCGACUAUACAUUAAAUUGCAUUGUGGAAUUGGUAGAAAAGGCUCGACAUUCCCUCUUAUUACUGCAUCGUACCCAUGAAACUGUGAUAGAAGAAUCCUCUCGUUAUCGAAGAUAUUACGAGGAAGGCGAUCAUUUUAAGAGAAGAACUGGUGAUCUUAUUAAUGAGACAGAGAAAAGAGUUUCGCAAGUUCGAAAACAAGCCGAGGACGAAUUAAUUGAAGCAAAACGACGUUUAAUGGCCGAACUAGAAAGAACUGUUGCAAAUUCGGAAUCACGUGCUCACGAAAUUCUGGCUGCUGAAAGAGGGAAACUCGAAAUGGCGAUCACUGAAGCGAGACGACAGGCGGAACAGGAAGUUCUGGCAAGGCUUAAUAAACAAGAAGAAUCUCAUGAGAAUUGCUGGAAUUGCGGUCGGAAGGCGCAGGAAACUUGCAGCGGAUGCAACGUUGCCAGAUAUUGUGGAUCGUUUUGUCAGCAUAAAGAUUGGGAAAAUCAUCAUAAAGUUUGUGGCCCAGAUCUUAAAACCAGAAUGGAAUUAUCACCUCAGCAGAAACAUGUCCAAAAGCAGCUGAACGCUUCCGAACCAAAACGCCCGGAUUCCGCUCCAGAGUCUCCGGCACCACCAACGUCAACUACAGACAAGAAAAAGGAACCAUCCAGUAAUUAAUCCUCACAUUAAAAAAUUAUGCAAAAUAGUUUCACUGCCCAAGUCAAAAGGACAAUGGUUUCACGUAUGGGCCGAACUAAGCAAUUGAAACUGCCUAUCAAAAUGAGGAUAAUUGCUUCAUCAUGUUUAAUUAAACUUGAUCCGGUUAUAAAAAUAUUUAUUAUUAAUAAUAAACUCAAAUAUGUAAUAAUCUUUGACAUAUUUUGAUGAAAAAUUUAAGAUUAUUAUUUUUUAUUUAUUGUGGCGUCAGCAACUACACUGCACAUGUUAUUUGUUACUUUUACCUCCAUUUUAUGUUCCAUCCACUCAGUCCCAUUUUAUUCAUUUUUCAUGCCCUAACUUGGCCCAAAGAUAAACCACACAAUCGUGGUUCAUUUUUUGCAUGACCCAAUGUAAACACAGCAAUGUUGUUAUAUGUUUAGAAAACCUGUCUCAGAAAUUGUUGAGUCGCGCAAAUUUCACUUCCCACAAAUCCCUACCAUAUUCUUCUUAUUUCCCAUAAUUCUCGGAUAAAUUCGACAAUAUUGAACUUUUUCAAUUGUGUUACUUUAAUAUGAGUAAUUUCUUUGAAAAUCCGAUCAGAGUCACGUCUAAAUUUGAAUUAAAAAAAAUGGAAGAGCAUUAAGUAUGUUAAGGUACUUGGCGCUCACGUCUCAAAAUCAUUUCCUCAUCUAGUUAUGGCUCGUAUUUUUGGUUUUAGACUGUAUAUUUCUUUUUAUUAGCGCAGAAUGUUGACAACGUUUUUAUUAUUAUUACGUCACAAAUAGUAAAUAUUAGAGAAUUCUUAAGAAAAUGUACUAUCAACAUUAUUAUAUCCUGGUGAAAACUAAGAAUCCCCAUGUAACAAAGUCAGGUCGUAACAAAUAAGGCGAUAAAACUUUGUUUACAUAAUACCCCUAACGACGAUAUAAACAACAAUUUCUGGAAUAAAAAUGAGUUGCUAGAUCUAAGACCAUGCACGCAUAAAGAUUUGAUUUCUUCAAAAAUAUCUUCAAUUUACCAAUCGUUACCAUUUACCAGCAGUUUGUGUGAUUGAAUGAUAUGCAACGAACACUUCAUUUGAAUUUUGGUUGUCACAAAUGAGCAAUGAGUCGCAACUGUUUCAUACUAAUAAUAACAAUACUGUUACGUUAGGCACCAAUAUAAUGUUGUAUGGUUUCAGUAGCGACUGAAAUUCUGGUGGUCGCCUGUUACCUCCCUCAGAUAUGCGCCUCUUUUACUUUCGAGGGGUUCUUUGAGCGGAGCUUCUUAAAACUACGCUUUCCGCCAUUGGAUCUACACUACAGUAUUGACAAGGUAUGUGGAUGGAGGAAAUAAUGCCCCCCGUUUUCAGCAAUUCAUUUCACCAGAGUAUGUUAUGGCGGUAAAUUACCGAACGAAUCCCACUGAAUCAGUGUUAUUUUUCUGACGAUACCAUUAUGACGAAUAUUAUUAUGAUAAUUGUUAUUAUUAUUUAGUAUGAAUGAUUAUUAUUAAAUGCGAUUAUUUUUAAAUUAACAUUUGAUUGUUUCAGAUAAUUUUUUCGCUAAGCUAUUUUUAUAUGAUCUUACUCGCUUUAUGAG